GUAAAUAACACAGGGACUUCAAGGAUUACUGGCUAGUUACAGUAGACUCACAAGAGUCUGUCCAUCUGACCUGCCCACAUCACUGCCAUUCAUUCACUCCGUAAAGACCAGCGCUCUCCUCUCUGCUUGGCCCGUCAACCUCUGUCAUCUUCCUCUGUACCGUCCAGUUAACGCUAUGGGAUGAACAGCGACGCGAGUUCCGAUCCCCAACGCAUGAAGAAUUGUUGUGGAUUCGAACAAACUUUGGACAGGGGAGCCUCGGGCAGUCCGGAUAGUUCAUGUGGAUGGAUACUACAAGCCCACCGCAGCCAGUGCCUCUCACUGUCAUCCGGGAUGUAUGCCCAUGUAUCUUGUGGGGAACGGCGACUCCCAUUUUGAAAUACCUCGCAGAUGUACAGGCGAUUCUCUAUCCACCGAAUAGGACGGUUGUUGAAAUCGGGGUGCGGGGGUGGACGUACUUGCGAGCCAAGGUCCCUUCCAGGCGUUGUUGCAGGUCGGACAACACUCCACCACAAUGGCGAAGAGCCGUUCUACAAAGCUAUGAAGGAUUCGACCGCGCAUAUGGAGAAACCAUCAGACUCUGCCUCCAGAUGAUUCUAACUAUCUGCGAGACUCCCCGCUCACACCGGGCUGCAGAUCAGAGUGUGACCUGGCCCACCCAGGAUCCGCCAACGAGGGUGUCAAUUGCGCUACAACGUCCGGGGUGAAAAUUCGCAAUAGAUGCAUUGACGGUUGCUUACCACGACUUCCAGCUACCCGCCGAGGUAUAGCACCCGCGCGCGACCGGCGACAAAAUCGGGGAAGUCUUCGAAACACGCC